UCACCACAUAACAAUACCGCGUUUUCUCUUCGUCCUUUUUCUUUUUCCUUCUCAAGGAAGGAAACUGGAAACAUUAACAUCCCCGUAAAUAUAUAAACUAUACAAUCGUCAUUAUUUCUGCAAUAUAGAUUAGUAAAAUUCCUACCUUUCUCUCUCCCCUGCUUCAACAUUAUGCAUAAUCAUCGAUAAUCUUUUAGACUUUUCUUUUCCUUUCAUUUUUGUAUAAAUUUUUUUAUUUGAUUUCGAAAGUAGGGUUUGAAUUCGAAUGGAGUUGAAUGAAAUCGACUGGGAACAUAUGUUCGAAGAAGAUGGAUUUGAUAUCUUCAAAGACGUUUCAACAUCUUUGGAAGAAGAAAAUACUGGAACUGCAAUCAACACCGUUGAUUCAUGGAUCGAGGAAUUGCUGAUGAACGGCGAUGAAGAAGCAGGAGUAGGAGUAGAAUUGGGUAAUGAUUUUAUGUGGUCUGAUCUACUUCUCGAUUCCCCUUUGGAGGAUCGUCAGCCGUCUGAUGAACGGGAAUCGUUGGAGGAUAAGAGUUCGCCUAGUUGCUCCAAUUCUGAGGUUAAUGUUAAGAUUACUAGUAAUUAUAAUAAUGAUAAUAGUGGUGAAGAUAUCCCCAAUUUUGAAUCGAAUAAUAAGUCUGAGGAUGAUGUUUUGGAGCUUGAUGAUACUGAUAGUGAUCCCCUAUCUAAGAAACGUAAAAGACAGCUGAGAAAUAGAGAUGCAGCAAUGAGGUCAAGAGAGAGGAAAAAGAUAUACGUGAAGGAUCUGGAGAUGAAGAGCCGCUAUAUGGAAGCAGAGUGUAGGAGAUUGGGGAGGUUGCUUCAGUGUUGUUAUGCCGAGAAUCAGAUGUUGCGCAUUUCCUUGGGCAGUGCAUAUGGUGCUUCCGUGGCCAAGCCGGAGUCUGCCGUGCUCUUGUUGGAAUCCCUGCUGUUGGUUUCCCUGGUUUGGUUAAUGGUCAACAUGUGCCUGCUCCCUUUACCCAAAAUGCCCCUGCUAAGUCAGGAUGCAGUUCCACAAGGAAACGGGGAGAGAAAAGAACCGGAAAGCGCAGCAACAAACGGAAAACGAAUGAAGGUCACUGAACUGUGGCUGUUAUAUUCUUUCAUGAAGAGUAAGAGAUGCAGAGGUUCAAGGAUCAAGAUGAAGUCUGUUAUUGAUCGUGGUCUGCUGUCCAUAUGAUACCCUCUCUUUCCAUCUCUUGGCUGUUUCCAACUUUGGUGAAAGUUGAUGUUCAGCUUGAACUUAUGCUCAGGAAGUAGGGAAAGGCUAUGCUAAUGGAAAGAUAAACUUUGGUGAUAGUCGAUUUUUAGCUUGAACUUAUGCUCAGGAAGUAGGGAGAGGCUAUGCUAAUAGAAAGAUAUUGUAGGCAGCAAUGUCCUUCCCCCCCCCCCCCCAACCCCACCACCCCAUCCCUCUGUUCCAGCAAAGUUUUAUAACACUAACACUUUACGCUGGUGUAUCUUUCAAUCCUACCGUCUUUUGUAUUUUAUUCGCGCCUCCUCCCCUUUCCAUCUUUUAUGUUGCUUGCUCUAUUGUGAAACUCAAGAUGGAUUUUACAUUUUAUAGGAAUAAGAACUUGUGAAGUCAUAUUGGUCUA